AUUAUUCUGGUGGUAGGAUUAUUGGUUGCAAAACCUAUCCCGACAAAAUUUGAUGUGUCUUUUUCAACACAUUAUUGGUCUUGUGAAGCAGAAGGGAAUAAUAAGGUGGUUUUUUUGGUCCUUUCUGCUGUAUAUGCUGCUUUCUUGCUCUUGUUUGCCACUUUCCUUGCCUACAAGACUCGGUUUGCAGGCAGACAGUAUAAUCGAUACAGCGAGUGUAAGCAAAUGGGUCUCUCUGUAUACAAUAUUUUAUUUUCUGCAUUAGUUGGAUUUGCAGUAAUCGUAAACCCACUGGCAGACUUUUAUACGAAAUACUACAUCGAUGUGAUCUCUAUUUUAUGGGCAACCACGUUUUCAUUACUUAUUUUGUUCCUACCUAAACUACAAGCUUUCUAUCGUUUCCGUUUAAAAGAGCGACGUGAAGAACAGCAGCAGCAACAAGAAAAGUCCUCGUCCGGUACAACCACCACCACUCGUAAAUCCAUGUUUUCAUGUCUGAAAUCAUCCGGUCCUAAACCGAGUAUCAGUGAAUUGAUGAGCUUGGAACAGAUUCUGGCGUCCGACGAACCUGUAUUAGAAGACGACGAUAAUAGUCUAAGACGUCGCAAGCCUAGUGCGAUUAGUACUACCACAACAGCGGACAAUGGUGGGAGCAGUAACUUUAUUGAGGUGCAUGAGGGAGAGAUGCCUAUUCGAAAAGUGUUUCGUUAUUUUCCUUUUUUGUCGCAAUGGGAGAUGCAUCACAUCAUGGUAUUUCCAUGGUUAGGAUACUUUUCACAUUUCUCGGUAAGCGUUGUAAUAUAUAAGUGA